ACACACACUGAGGAAGGCGUGCACACUCACAGACGGAGGGGUGAGAGAGAGAGAGAGGGAGUGUAAGGGGAGAGAACACAUCGCAGCAGAGAUGCAGCAGGAGGCUUUCCGAGAUUGCGGGGACUGGUCAUGGUGUCCAGUGCGAAGGUAUGGGAUCCCCCCCACGCGGGUCCUACUCAGCCUCAUCUGAGAGAACAACGCCUGGCUCCUUGCCUCACUCCCGUCUGCAACUCCUCAUUUACUGCUGCUAAGGACACUGCGCUCCACCAAAGUCGGCAGACGUCACCUUUGUCUUCCCCGCCUCCGCCGUUGGUGACCCUCAGCACCCGUCACCCUGUUCAACGUCCACCUGUCAGCUUGUACGUCGUGAGAAAGACUGAACCACUAAUUAAACCUGCCCACAGUCUCGGUGUGGUCUCUCGGCCUGAAGAAGAGGAGGCAGAGCGGCUGGACAUGAAGGGGAAAAGACUAGGAUAUCGCGUGGAGGCCACACUGGACGAGAAGCUGGAGGAUAUGGGUGAUGGACCUAAAAAUGCAAAGAUCACCCUGAGCUUCCCGCUUAGCGCCGCGCCUCUCCCAACGUCGCUGACCUCACCGGACAACUGUCACAGCUCUUCCUCGUCCUCCCCAUCCCCCCACCGGCGACCGUCGUCCAAGAGCUCGGACAGGGGGUCGCUGUGGAAACUGGAUGCCACCAUGGAUGUAAAGCACAGACCCUUUAAGCCCCCCAGGCACGACAGCUCUCCGUCCUCCUCGCCCUCCUCCUCCUCCUCCCCCAUGGCCACAUUUAUCAGGAAGGAUCUCAAGUCCCCGCCUCCCCUGAAGUGCUCCAAACUCAGUGCAGAGACUCACAGGUCGCCGCCGAGAGCUUCCAGCGGGCCUUUAGGGGGCUGUUUCAGCGGAGACGGGUGGGACGAGAGGCACAGAGUCGCCAAUGGAACGGCCUCGCCCUCCCAGACUGCUCAGAUCCUCUUCAGUCUGGGAACGUCGGCCUAUCAGAGAGGCGUGGACGCAGAGCGGAGAGAGAAGCUGACCGGGAGGCCAGCUGGAAAAACAGGGAGCCCCCACAGACCGAGUCUUCACCCACCCACCCUCCACCUCCCUCCCCCCUUACCGCCACCGCCGCCCCCGCCUUCUGAAGGUCUUACCGCACCCCCCCACUCGUCCUCCUACCCCCCUCCCGGCAGCAUGAAGCCGGAGCUGAUCUGCGGCGUGUGCCACCGGCUUUUCAGCUCAGCCUCCUCCCUCACGGUCCACAUGCGGCUGCAUCGUGGCAGCCGCGCCCUCAGCUGCCGCUACUGUGGCAAAGCCUUCAUCCACAGCAAGAGACUGCAGUCCCACGAGGCCUCCUGCAGGGUGUCGGAUCUGCGUCCUCCGUCCCUGACCGUCCAGCCGAAGGAGGAGCCGCUGGAGGACGGCGAGGUGAGAGUGGAGGGGGGAGUGAUUGUGGGACAGACGGACUUAAGCAAGGGCCGGCCCGGGAAGAAAGUGCGGAGCCUCCUGGCGCGCAUCCAAGCCGGGGACGCCGCGGCCACAGAGCUGCUGGCCGGCGACGAGCACCAUUUCGUGAAGGUGGUGGACGGCAACAUCAUCUACUUCUGCUCCGUGUGCGAGCGCUCCUACAUGACCCUGUCCAGCCUGAAGCGCCAUUCCAACGUGCACUCGUGGCGACGCAAGUACCCCUGCCACUACUGCGACAAGGUCUUCGCCCUGGCCGAGUACCGCACCAAGCACGAGGUGUGGCACACGGGGGAGCGUCGGUACCAGUGCAUCUUCUGCUGGGACGCCUUCGCCACCUACUACAAUCUCAAGACGCACCAGAAGGCCAUUCACGGGAUUAAUCCGAGCCUGAUCUCCAGCGAAAAGACAGCCAACGGGGGUUAUAAGCAGAAAGCGAACGCCCUCAAGCUCUACCGCCUUCUCCCCAUGCGCUCCCAGAAGAGACCCUACAAGACCUAUAGUGACAGCUUACAUAAUGGCCUCCUGCUUCCACCAGCUGAUGCCCCCACCCUCUCCCUGCCUGGCCUCGGCUGUCCUUUGGGCCCGGGGGACCUGCAGAGCAUCCUCGCAGGAGCCCCCCCUGCGAGUCUGAAGCCUGAUCCAGAUGCCUUCCCCGACGGCUUCCCGAUUUCUCUCGGCGCCGAACACAGAGACUUAUCGGACCUGGGCCUUGAGCCCCAAAUUAGAGCGCACGACGAUGAAGCUCCCGAGUUAGAGCGGGAGGGAGGCGGCUUCAAGAUGUCCAGCAGCGGCAAACUGAAAGCGUUCAAAGCAGGUAGAGGCGCAGAAGCCGGCAUGCCCUCUGUUAUCACGUACGGACACACUAAACCCUCUGUGAUAGUUCACGGCGCAGCUGUGUCCUCCUCGGUCAUUGUGCACAGCAAUCAAGUCACUUCUGGAAGUGAGAAAAGCCCGCUCACCAGCCCAUCCCCCGAAAAAAGUAGCAGACACAUUUUAAGCAAGGGCAGCCCUAAAGCGACCAGAAAGCAGAGAGACAGCACAGAUAAUCACAGAAAGCGCUCCAGGGACGGUUCAGACGCGAUAGACGAGGGCUCAAAAGGCAGACACGACUCCGAGACAGGCAGAGCACUCCACAAGUCCCGCAAGUCUCACAGCAAGACCACGAUGCCAACCUCAAAGGAAGCGUCCGCAUCCGGAGGCUCACAGGCCAAAGAGUCGGGGCCGCUGUGCCAGAUAACCGUACGCAUCGGCGAGGAGGCCAUAGUGAAGCGCAGCAUCUCUGAGACGGAUCUCAAAAGAGACAAGAGCAUUUCUCCGUCGAAAAUCAAACGGAGCGAAAUGGCGUCUGUCAAGGAGCCACGGCAGCCCCACUCACACCACCACCACCACCACAAACACCGGCCACUAAGCAGAGCCAGCCUGGAGGGAGACGGGGCAAAGGAAGCAGGAGGCACGGAGGAGGAACAGGAGGAGACGGAGGAGCAAGAAGGCAGGAAUACAAGGUCCAAAGCCCCCGAUCAGGUGAGGGAGUACUUCUUCCGUAAGGGGGUGCGGGAGCAGGACAGCGACAAUGACCUGGAGGAUAAUUUAUGGCGACCUUACUACUCCUACAAGCCGAAGAAAAAGGCCCAGGCGCAUCUACAGAGAGUGAAGAACUGGCAACGAAAGCUCAAGUACAAGCGCUCCAUCCGACUCAAGAGGAGGGCAGAGAGGCUGAAGAGGCUUCUGGGUAAACAAACGGAGAAAUCACAAGACGAGGAGGAGGACGGGACGACGGAGGAGGCUGAGAAACUGUCUAAGCUGAACAAGGACAGCGAAGAGGAAAGAGAGAAGGAUAAUCUCUCUUCCCCUUUAAAGGAGAAAAAAACGGAUGUGGAGGAGCACGUUAAAGAGGCCUGUCAUGAGGUUUCCACCCCCCCUGUCUGCUCUCCAAAGCCCCCUCUGUCUACCUCGGUGGCUCCCACAGGAAUAAAGAGGAGGCCUUGGACUAAUGGGAACGCAGCAGAGUGUGGCACAUGUGGCCGCUGGUUCUCAAGCCCCAGGAAGCGAGACAAACACGAGCUGAGCCAUCUGCUAGAGUUUGUAUGCCUCUUCUGUCGGGCCACUUUCCCCUCAAGGGAAAAGUUGGAAGACCACCAGAAAGCUCAGCAUCCCAAGCCCACUGAGGCGCCCUCUGUGGCCGCGAAAUGUGGCGAACAAACGGCAGGUCCCGGGAUCAAACCCGUGCCUGAGAUCUCAAAGCUCGACGAGGAGAAGGAGGGGCCGCUCGGACUAGGGGGCGUCGGUGGCAGUCCGAGUCGUUUGAGCAGAAGAGCCUUGUCGAGACACACCUGUCCGCAAUGCCACAAGGUGUGCAAGACCUCGUCGGCGCUAACUCGCCACAUCCGCCGUCACGACCUGAGCAGCUCUCCGGAGAGAGAGAAAGAGGACAACGGCUCAGAGGCGAAACCCCUUCAGCCUGUCGCCGCACCGCUGUGCACGGAUCCUGAGACCGGCACAGGACAGACGCCCAGCGCCCUCUCUGUUUCUGUCAUCAGCUAUUCGCCGCCCGAGCUGCUGAGCGGCGGCGACUGUCUGACGUCGCAGCAGCACGGCGACCAUCCGAGCGAACUCGCCGGCAAACACGUGAAACCAGACUCCAGCGAAGUACCCGAGCGUACACAGCUUGCACUCGUUGCUCCGGAAAGAGAGCCUGCGCCGCCGGCCGAGGCGCCUCCGUUAGGGAGUCCGGUUCCCCACGCACCCGCCAAACCCGCAACCCCGCCCGCCUCGCUCCAGAGCGUGCUCGUCAUGAACGGACCCGACUGUCUGGACUAUCGCACCGCCGUCAAGAAGAGCCUGGACGGCCAGGCCCACCGAAAAGCCAGCCCUUUGCACUUUGUGACAUCCACUAACCCCUCUUCGAAUGUGCCCAUGACAUCACAGACCAGAAUAACCACUGCUGCUCCUCCUGUUGCCAUGACAACAGCUCCCAACCCAGAGAGGGGGUUCGCGAGACGGGAUGGGGUCAUUAUUGACAGAGAGAGGCAGAGCGGCAGCGGCACUUUUUCACACGGCGGCUACAAAGAGCUGCCGCUGCUCCAGGAUCUCAGAGUCCAGCCCGUCUCCCGGAGUCCCUCUCCCGACGAAGCACAAGACCUCACCAUGUCCUCGAUUUUAGCCCGGGAGAGGGAGCUGGAGAGGCAGAGGGAGGCGGAGAGAGCGCUGGAGAGGCGGAGGGAACUGAGGAGGAACAUGGAGGUCGAGAAAGAGAAAAUGAGCAGAGCUGCUCAUCCUCCGCAGGAACAAAGUGCUCUGCUCGUCCCUAAGGAAGAGCCCCUGAGCCCCGUAGCAUCGCCCCAACAUAUGUCCGCCCAAACCACUAUAAAUGGACCCUGUCUGCACAGGCACACUCCCAAGUCCCCCUGCCGGCCCCCUUCAACGACCGGACUGAUGGCUCAGUCCGGCCGGCAGGUUCACUCGAGUUCACAAGGACUCGACAGGCUGACGCUGCCCACCGGAGCAGCUGGCGCCGCUGACCGCCCCUCUGCACACGCUCUGCUUCUUCCCAGGGCCUCCCAGCCGCCUGAGCCGGACCAUCAGGACGCUUUCUCCGCCAGGGAUUCACAGCAGGGGGACACCACCCCAGCGGACUACACGGCCCAGGAUUACCCCCUCCCCCUCAUUGUGCCAGACGGCUACAGAUCUGUUAAGAAGCAGGAGGAAAACCUGCUCAUGUCCGCUUAUCCACCUGGAGCGCUGCCCUUUGGCCCGCUGGGGAAGGUCCUGGUACCGGACGGAGGCGACCUGGGCAAGCUGCCGUUCUACCCGGACCCUUACCAGCUGCUCUACGGGCCCCAGCUCUUAGCCUACCCCUAUAACCUGGCAGCCCUUCCUGUGGCUUUGAACAUGAUGGCACCAGGAGGGGAGAAAGUGGAGCCUCUGCCCUUCCUCCCCACCAUCUUCAACUACGCGGCCACCGCAGGACCCUACAUGGGGGCGGCGCCUCACCCGCUCGUGGCGAACCCCGGCCUCUACGGCGGCGGCGGCGGCAAAAAGCAGCGAGAGGGCAGCGGCAGUAAACAGUAGGACACCAGAUGCACUAUGAGGAGCGCCGCUCCGAGAGGACAGCCUCGUCUGUUCUGGCUGGGAGGGGAAAGAGACCAUGCUGACCGGCUCACUUUAUCCUACAGAGAUCAGAGCAGUACGCAAGUUUGUGCGAAUGGGGGGGGGGGGAGACGGAGUAAAGAAACAGAACGGAGAGGCCGACACUAAGGUGACGUACCACUCCUCCACCUUUUCUUACUCCUGCUCCUCCCCCACCCUGCUCUGCUGUAGUGUGUCGUUGCGCCGGAGUCCGAUUCAUUUGUCCUCUCUGACUCGUUAUUAUAUCUAGAAUAUAACAAUACAAACUGCUAACAGGGUGUUUGUUUUGCUCGGAGAACUAGUCUACUUCCCUUUAUAGUCGCCACACAACGAGGAUCUUCAGGGAAGGCGUUGUCUGGGUCCGGACGUGGACACGAGACUCCGCGCAGUCGGAGCGCCAAGCGGCUCCGCGUAUUUUUGUACGAGGGGGCGGGAGUGCAGGGUCGUCGCGCUGUCCGUGAAAGCUACAUGCGUACCUUACGUGGGGGGCAGUCUGUGCACGCAGGGCUUUGGCUGAAGCAGGUAUGAGCGCGCGUGUGUUUCUGAGUACGUGUGGAUGAAUGAGUCUAGACCAUUCCAUGUGAGAUUCUCACAGCAUUCCUGCUCGCGUUGGGAUAGCUACUGUAGGGUCAGUGUGUACGAAGUGCUUUUUGAAGAGAUUCCUCAAAUCAGCUCGUUAGGGAGUCAAAAAACGAAAAGGUCGGAUGGGAGUGGAUACGGUGGCAGAUCAUCUGAGCUUCUUAAAGGGACAGCUCGGGGGUUUUGGAGACAGGAUUCUAAUAAUAGCUUAAAAGCUGUUAAUGUUUUUUUUCGCCUUCAGCAGAAAUCUCUGAAUGCGGCUUAGUUGAACCCAGAAGUUGAAGCUAAAGCAGCUAUUUUAUGACCACAGCGGUAUUUUUGUACAUCUUUUAAGUCAGUCUCAAAAAUGGCAGCGUUUUGCACAAACACUCUUUUAUGAACCUUAAGUCAUUAAUGCUUGGAAAAAAAUUAGUCAAGUUUAGCGUCGGUUCAAGUAAAAGUUUUCUUUAUUGUUUUUGACGUGUUAAAAAGAAGUAAACUGGUUUCGUCUCUUUUUCUUUCAUGUUUAGUUUUUUUUUUCUUAAAAAUAAAGAUUAAUCAAACAAAUAAUAAAUAAUAUCAAACAAAGUGGACACCAUUCAUUGGUAAUUUAUUUAUUA